AUGGCAAACACGAUAUUGGCUGGGCAGAAGCAGUCGGAUUUGAAUUGCUCGUCAGAACUCUCAGCACUAUUCCCGACAUGGGUAACGCACUCACAGUGUACGGAGAUAACACAGGAGUUGUCGAAGGCUGGUGGAAAGGACGACACAGGAACCCAGAAGUCAACACCGUUUUCCGCCACAUUCAUGAGCUCGUCCAAUGCUUACCCCAGCGUCUCACAAUCUGCACUGUUUAUGUCGCCAGCGAGCAGAACCCAGCCGACAAGCCCUCCAGGGGAAUUUACCCCCCCAAAGAGCUUCUACUCCCUUCAAUCAACAUUCCUCCCGCCAUUAGGCAGUUCAUCAUGGACACUACAGAACCCCCAACAGCUACAGAACUUCACCUCCUGCACAACGGGCGUUACCCCCCUCCAGCCGCUAAAAUCAUCAACCGAGCCUGGAUCAGACAGCAGAGCGCUGAACGCCUACAAGCGUGUAGAGAAGAAGAAGACCAGAUCCUCUUUGAAUCCCUACAGGACCAAACGAACAUCAACUGUUGAACAUCAGCGCUUCGAUACCAUUCUUCCCAACCUCACCGCCACCAUCCCUUCAAUCCCUCACCCAUACAAACCUAAUCUCACUCCCGCGCCAUUGCUUCUUCGUCCUCACUGCCUCGCUCGAGAAAGGCUGAUAUUGUGGAUACCAGCAGGCGAAGACACUCGCAGAACGGCAACCACCAAUGACCCUCACGAGUUCACCAUCUCAGAUGCCCAGCUGGACAGAGUGCUGGAAGUAAUGGGAUGUUCUUGGGCCACAGCCACCAAAGAGACAUACGGUGCGGGGCUACUGGUAUUCCAUGUGUACUGCGACGCGCAGCAGAUAGCAGAAAGCCAAAGAUGCCCCAUUUCCCGUCCCUUACUCCUCGCUUUCUUAUCGAGCUGCGCAGGAGCUUAUUCAGGAUCCGCGCUAGGAAACUAUGCAGCCGGUAUCAAGGCUUGGCACAUCCUGCAUGGACGCCCAUGGCUCAUACCACCCAACGAACUAAAGUCGAUCUUAGACGGAGCCGCUAAAUUCGCUCCCCCCCCACCUCCAAACGCCCCAAACGCACUCCUUUCACCCCCGCCAUCAUCAUCGACAUUCGCAAAGAGCUAA